AUGGAUGCAUCAGUGGUCUACGAUAACUUAAACCAAGCCAAUACCCAAGAGCCUAAGCAGGCAUCCCCUCCAGCUCCUCCCGCAGACAGCUGCUGGUGCCCACGCUGGCAUCGGUUGGCUCUGAAACUUGGCUGUCUAUGGCUGAUCCUUCUUGUCCUGAUUGUGGUUAAACUCAGUAUCUUAGUACAAAAAACACCAGUAGGAAAAGGCAUUCAAGAGAACAAGACGAAAGCAACAGUCGAAAAAUGCAAUGUGAACGUUUCAGAGAGCAGUACGAAGGCAACAGAGAGUCCAGUUCAGCUAACAUGCCCCUCUGGCUGGCUGCCACACCGAGAGAAAUGCAUACAGUUUUCUCAAGAGACCGGUGUUUGGAAGGACGGUCUAUCUAACUGCACUAGAAAAGGAGCCACUUUGCUGCUCAUUCAAGACCAAGAAGAACUGAGAUUCGUAAAGGACUCGUUAAAGAUAAGAGGACAUUUAUUUUGGAUUGGACUAAAUUAUUCCAUGUCAGAGAAGCACUGGAGAUGGAUAAACGGCUCCACUUUAAGUUCUGAUGUAUUGAACAUCAUAGGCGAUGCUGUAAGAAACAGCUGUGUUGCCAUCUCAAAGGACAAAUCGGUUUCUGAAAGCUGUGAUUCAGAAAAGAAGUGGAUCUGCCAGAAGAAACUAAAACAUCUCUGA